CUUACCCGGUGACAGUGAAGAAGCAGCCAGAACGACUUGAACCUGUGUGUGGAGUAAAUCUGUCUGUAGAAACUUUCUAAAGCGUUUUUUAUCACUUCAGUCCGUACUGGAUUUCUUGCUAAGCAACAUGACCUUUGAAGAGCUGAACGGAGAUUGUACUUCUGUCGAAACGAUGGAUUCGGUCUCUAAAGCCCUCGAGGAAGUCCUCGCUUCGGCGUUGCUCCAAGGCUGGGUUACAGUCGGAGUCUAUGAAUCUGCAAAGGCCCUGAAUGUAGACCCGGAUAACGUCGUGCUGUGCGUCCUGGCCACCGACGACGAGGACGUGAAGGACGUCGCCUUGCAGAUCCACUUCACUCUCAUCCAGGCCUUCUGCUGCGAGAAUGACAUCAACAUCCUGCGCGUGAACAACACCAGGCGCCUCGCAAAGAUCUUGGGAGGACCCGGGAAGCAGGGAGGCGAGCAAAUGGACCUGCAUUGCAUCCUAGUCACUCACCCACUUGCGUCUUCGUGGAAGACUCAGGCGUUCCGGAAAGUGCAUAGCUUCUGCCACGAGAGCCGCUGCAUGGACCAGUGGGUCCCCGUCAUCAACCUCCCCGAACGAUGAGCGAAAUAAAAAAUAAAAAUGAAAAAACGUUAUACUUUUUAAAAAUAAACAUAAACCAACAAAAUGUUAUAAAAGUCCUGAGCGCUGCCUCGUGAGUACGGCGGAUCUUGGAACUCGAUCUCAGCCUGCUCUCGGGGAGGAGGAGGAGGAGUGUUUUUCUCCAGCAACCCCUGUCAAGAUGACUCAGCGGGUUUUUAUUUUUGCUUUCGGAGAAAGGGAGGGCGUUGAGCUGGAGGGAAGAAAAUAUCAUGAACUGUCUGUGCUGAGCGGUGAGGCUCGCACGUGAAGGAGUUCUUUCUAGGAAGUAUGGAUUCCGGACGAGGCCGCCGGAGUUGCUACGCUGUUCAGUUUCUCAGAAAUCUCGACGUUUAUGCGUUCGCGUUAUUUAAAAAUGAUUACUAUUAUUGGCAUUAUUGUGAAAAGUAUUUAUAUAUGGAUGUAUAUAUGAAAAAGAGAUGGAUUCAGAAAUUGUUCCACGUUCUUCUUCUUCUUUUUUUUUUUUAAGUUAAUCACUCAUUUUCUAGACUCUAAAUUAAAUUAUUUCAUAUUAUUCACUGUAAAAAGUAUUUAAGCUUCUUUCUUUCUUUCUUUUUAUACUGACACCAGACCUGUGAUUGGUUACAGAUGUAUUUUGCGAUGCAAUAAAAUAUAUUUUGAAAAGAAAAAAAACAAAA